AAUUUCAACGGAGAGGAGCUGACGAAACUGAUCUGUAAGCUAAUCGAUAUCGAUCAGGACUGGGUUCCGCGGUCGCCCACCAGCACGCUCUAUGUAAGGCCAACGAUGAUAGGCAUAGAGCCGUCGCUGGGCGUGAUGGCGUCGGCGAACGUUCUUCUGUUCGUCAUGCUGGGUCCCGUCGGGCCGUACUACCGCACCGGCUUCGAGCCGGUCUCGUUGCUAGCCGACCCAUCGUUCGUGCGCGCGUGGCCCGGCGGCACGGGACACACCAAGAUGGGCGCGAACUACGCGCCGACGCUCUACGUCGGGAUCAAGGCGGCGAAGGAGAACUGCCAGCAGGUGUUGUGGCUUUACGGCGAGGAGGAGCUAAUCACAGAGGUGGGAGCCAUGAACGUGUUCCUACUGUGGACCAACGAACAUGGAGGUAAG